AAGAGUUAAAAAAUGGAACGACCAAGUAUUUUACGUUUAGCAAUAAAUUGAGAUGUAAGGUUUGUGAGGGAAAGGGUGCGAAACCAGGAAAAGAAAUCGCGUGCAAGAAAUGUGAUGGUAAGGAUGAUUAUAUCACUCGUGAUGGACGCUGUUUGGAUUCAA